GUGAACGCCACAAUACCACUGACGUAAUCAAACUGCGCCGCGCUGACUACAUAUGGCGGCAGCAUGGCGGUUGAUAUGAGGCUACCUACUGUUCGGAAACAGUUAACAGAUUCUUUUUUUUCUGCAACAGAAGGAAAACACCUUGUAGUUCCAGGGGAUGUUAUUACAUCGGACACGGGAUUUAUGAGGGGCCAUGGUACCUACAUGGAUGAGGAGAAGCUGACGGCGUCGGUGGCAGGAGAGGUGGAAAGGGUGAACAAGCUCAUCUGCGUGAGGCCCCUGAAGACCAGGUUUAAUGGCGAAGUUGGGGAUGUCAUUGUAGGUAGAAUCACAGAGGUACAACAGAAGCGCUGGAAGGUGGAGACGAACUCUCGGCUAGACUCUGUGCUGCUCUUGUCCUCGGUCAAUCUGCCCGGUGGCGAGCUGAGAAGGCGGUCGGCAGAGGACGAGCUCAGCAUGAGACACUACCUUCAGGAGGGCGACCUCAUCAGUGCCGAAGUGCAGUCCGUGUUCUCGGAUGGCGCACUCUCUCUCCACACCCGCAGUCUGAAAUACGGGAAGCUGGGUCAAGGAGUGCUGGUGCAGGUGUCCCCGUCGUUGGUGAAGAGGCAGAAGACUCACUUCCAUAACAUGACAUGCGGGGCUUCCAUCAUCUUGGGCAACAAUGGAUAUGUGUGGCUGUACCCCACCCCAGGGCAGCAGGAUGAGGAGGCUGGCGGGUACUACACCAGCAUGGAGCCUGUGCCUUUGGCAGAUAGAGAGGUGAUCUCCAGGCUGAGGAACUGUCUUCUUGCCCUGGCAGCCCACAAGGUGCUUCUGUACGACACCAGCGUGCUGUACUGCUACGAGUCCUCUCUCUCACACCAGAUCAAGGACAUCUUGAAGCCCGAGGUCAUGGAGGAAAUUGUUAUGGAGACCCGACAAAGGCUGGAAGUUCAGGAAGGGUAGACCGUAGACCAGUGUGGGUAUGAUGAGAUGGACCCCAUUCAUAACAUUCACAAUGCCUUGAGACUCUGGGGGCAGCCAACUGUCAUUCCUGGAAUUAAAAACAAAGCCCAAUGUCUACUCAAAGGAACCCCUGCAAAGGCUGGUUUUCCUGUACCAAUUUCUGACUUCCUGAAACAUCCUAUAACCUUUGUCCAGUGAGAUAAAAGAUUAAAUUUUGUCCUUCUGCUAUUGAGUAACUGAGGGGAAUACUCUAUGCAGUGCAAAGGUAUUGAUUAAAAAAUAUAUAUUUGUAAUGAGUUGUAAUGAUGUAUGGAAACCUUUCAGUGUUUGCUGCACUU